CAGCUGUUUAGAAACACGGUAUAAUGAGAUUUGAGCGAAAUCAACCCCCAAUAGCAAUUGGAAGCUGUGAGGGUUGAAUAUAUAAUAUCAGCUCCUAAAUGAGACUUUAGUAUAUUGACAUCAUAGUGUUGUGAUGUAUUUAAAAGCCGUGUGUUUAAAAAAUAACGUGUGUCGGUGUGUUUGUAAUGCGGUUGUUGACCAAAAUUUUAAGGAUCUUCCUAAUUUUGAAAACAUUUCUACUGCCGAUUUAUACAAAAUUACCCCAAGAUGAUUUUUCGUUCGACUCCUGUUCUCCUCCUCAAUUAGCCUUAAAUGGAUCAGAAACUGAAGCAGGUGAGGUGAGAAUCAAAAAGGAUUUCAACCACGUGCGCGAAGUUAAAUUUUCAGGGUCUAUUGGACCUCUUGGUGAACAACGACUAUGUAAAAUUAAAUGUAUAGCUGGCCAAUGGGUAGGACCCUUGUGCAUUGAUCAACAAGAUAAUGGACGAUUUCAACCAUUAUUCAGGAAUUGUAAGCUUGAGUACAUCAACCCACAUCUGUUAGUUACUUUUCGAAACGUUUCCAUACACACUCCAGGAUGGACAUUUCCACAUGGUGCUAAACUACAUACGAGAUGUAAAGAAUUGGGACUGUACAAACUAUUAGGCACUGCCACUCCUCAAUGCCAAAACGGGCAAUGGUCUUCCAGACUUCCCUCAUGUGUACCUACUACACUUCUAACCAAUUUUACAGAAGAUGCACCUCCAUCAAUUUUAAUCAGAAUACCAUCUGGUUCAGCAUCAGCAGAACCUGGCGGAGAACUAGCAGUUUUUCCAGGUUCAACCCUUCAUUUUGAAUGUAUUUUCUCACGGAGAUUAGGAUCUCCUGAUUGGACCUGGACGUCACCGCUUGGCCAAUACCUCACAGGUUGGGCUAUUGCAUCAGAAGAAAGAGACUGGAAGUACAGAUUGUCAAUUUACUAUGCCAAACCGCAAGAUUCUGGAACUUUCACAUGUGCCACUCCUCGAGGAAUAACGAACAGCAUAACUCUUGUUGUAACAGCUGUCCACUGCGAACCAAUUUCUGUCACAAGAAUGCAUCUUAGCGUAAGAGUCGAGGGCACAAGAUUAGGACAUAAAGCAAUAUUUCAAUGUCCUAUGGGUUUCAUUGUUUCAGGAGAGGCCAAUUUGACGUGCCAAGCUUCAGGUAAAUGGUCGGCUCCAGUUCCAAAAUGUGAUUUAGUAAAAUGUCCUCCACUGGAUACACCAGAGAAGCUCGGAGAGCCACAUCUACAAGUUGAGGAACAUAAUAAUAGUUAUGGUGGAAGAUCAGUAUUUAGCUGUGCUUGGGGUUAUAAGUUAUUGGGACCUCCUGGUAUUGAAUGUGAACUCAGCGGUAAUUGGUCAGGACCAUUGCCAGUGUGUACUCCUAUACAGUGCCCACCACCAGUUUUACCAUUGAAUGGUCACUUAAUCCAAUCUGAAGCUCCAGGAAUGGAUGGUGGUAGAUAUGCAGUUGGAAGUUUAGUACAAUUUGCUUGUACUGGAGCACAUCAUUUGGAAGGGGAAGCCAGCAUCAUAUGUACUGAAACUGGGUUUUGGUCUCAUCCUCCUCCAUUUUGUAGACCCAAAUGUUCAUAUAUUGGGGAACCCAAAAAUGGAUUUAUUUCACCAACAAAGUUUGCUUAUGAUCCAGGAGAUGAAUUGAACAUUAUUUGUAACGAUGGUUUUUCAACGAAUUCAAACGACAGUUUGAUAUGUUUGUCAGAUGGAAAAUGGUCUUCCGUACUUCCGGCCUGUGCUAACAUAUCUUCCUUAAUAUAAAUAAUAAUUUAACGAAACUUAACGAUUAGAUAUUAAAACAUAUCAUAAAAUUAUAUCAUUAAUAAUUAUCAAUUUACUUAUUUUAGAUGAGGUUCAAAAUUGUCAGACAAUACCAUAGGAAUAAACUCAAUAAAUAUAUAGGUUUUUAGACUCAAAAUUAGAAUGUUUUGAUUUAAGUGAUUUAUUAUCAGAAACUAGAAUUAAAAAAAAAAUUAUCAAAAUAGUUAAUUCGAAUAAAAUGAAGAAACC